UUGGUCGAGAGUUUAUAACCAUACCUAGUUUGUGUGUUUCCCUUCCCAUGGCGAGCAAGCCAAGCAGCUCCGCGGCGGGUGCUGCGGCCUCUCGGGGCGGCGGCGGCGACUAUGGAGGCGCGCGCCGCGAAGACCUAACCCUGGACAAGGUGUCGGAGGCGGCCGACGCGGUCGCCACUGCGUCUAGCGCCGGCGAGGUUGUCCGCGCGAUCCACGCCGUCGCCGCCCUCGUCUUCCCCGUGGACUCCGCUGCCGUAGCCGGUACCGUGGACGAGCCCUUCAGGAGCCAGAUUAUCAAUGCGAUAAGCCUCAGCGAUGAUGAACAGGGAUCUUGGAUGCAUGCUUUUUACCAUGGUCCAGCAUUUCCUACUAUAUCAAAGAUAUUGCUAAGCAAUGUUGCCUUGAAGUGGUUACGGCAGAUCAGUGCCUCUGCAAGGAAGGAAAUCUAUGAUUCGUUUUUUGUCAAAGGACCUCCAACUGAAGUCAUUCAAGCUCUUGUUCCUGCUUUGUCUCAUAAAGGAGGCUCUAAGGAAGAUCAUAACACUAUAUGUUCAAACAUUGAAAGGCUGUUAAUUCUAUGUUUGGUUGAGAAUAAGGGGGUAGGCCAGAUUAUUGCAGAGUUCACUGUCAGCAGCAAGCAUGAUGAGGACAAUCUCAACCCAGGCAGAGCAACUUUGAUUUCAAGGGUUGCGCAACUACUCGCAUCUAUUCCAGAUAAAACAAGAAUGGGUGCUUCACCUGCAUUGUCAUCAUCGUCAUUCUUCAAGUGUGUCGUGGAUCAGCUUCUUCUUGGAGCUGAACAAGCAACUGUGGAGUUGGAUGCUGAUGAAGAUGCUAAUGGAUCAGAUGCCUCUAAUUCAGUGUUACUCUUCGUUGGUGAAACGAUAUCUCGUGUUAGUCGUCGUGGAUCUACUGGCAUUUUAGUUGCUGAGCUGAUUCCUAGGAUCCGUAGCCACUUAAAGAGAUGUAUGGAAUCUGAUCAUAAAACGAUAGGUCCUGACAUGAUCAAGCGUGUUUCCCAGUCUCGAUUUUGGUUUAAUAUGGUUGAGGCAAUUAGAGACCAGCAUUCCAUUGAAAGGUUGGCAGAAGAGAUGCUGCGCCAACUCGCAUCACAACGUACAAGUGAUGAGGAGGCAUACUGGAUUCUGUGGACUUUGUUUAACCAGAGCUUCAUGCAUAACACUGUUAUGAGGGGAAUGUUUGUCGACAAAUUUUUGCUUUGGAAAACAUUUCCUCUAUGCUGUCUGAGAUGGAUUCUUCACUAUGCUGUCUUUCAAUUCCCACCAAAUUCAGCUAUAGAAACUCAGAAGCAAAGGACAUCUAACUUCCUUGGUACACUGCAAACUUUAGUCAGUGCAUGGUCCAAGAAAGAGUGUGUUCAAUCAUACCCAGUGGAGCAACAAGCUUACAUUACUGCAGCAAUUGGGUUAUGUUUGGAGAAGAUGUCAAAAAGAGAAUUAGAAACAACUAAAGAUGUAUUGAACAAUAUACUUGAAGGAGUAAGCUGUAGGUUAGAGAGUCCAGUUGAUUUAAUCCGGAAGAUGGCCAGUGCUAUUGCAUUGACAUUUUCUAAAAUCGUUGAUCCAAACAAUCCCCUAUACCUUGAUGAGAACUGUUUAGAGAAUGUUGAGUGGGACUUUGGGGUUUUAUCUCCUAAGGAAAUCACAGCUCCGAAGGAUGUAGAACAUAGAAGCAAGCUGAAAGCAUCUUUGCCUGAGAACAAGAAACAUGUUGCUGAGAAAAAGGCAAAGGCUAUCAAACAUGGUAUUUCAGAUAACAGGGCGAAAAUCGUAGAGAUCAAAUCACUAGAUUCUUGUGAAACGUCUGGCCAUGCUAUGAAUGGGGAUUUCGAGGAGGAAGAAUGUGAUGAGGAAAGAAUGAACAUUGAUGCCUCCAGUGAAUCAUCCUUGGAGCCAUAUGAUCUAUCAGACGAUGACACAGAUUUGCAGAAGAAAUUCACCCAACUAACAGAUCUUGCUGCUGCACUACGAAAACCUGAUGACCCAGAUGGUGUUGAAAACGCUCUGAGUUCUGCCGAAAAGCUUGUGAGAGCUUCACCUGAUGAAUUACGCCACAACUCAGGUGAUCUUGCUAGAGCACUUGUGCAUGUUCGUUGCUCUGAUGUGGCAAUGGAAGGAGAGGAAGAUUCUACUGAAGAAAAGAGACAGAAGGCACUAGUUGCCUUGCUGGUAACCUGCACAUUUGAAUCAUUAGACGUUCUCACCAAAUUGCUAUACUCAUCAAGCGUGGAUGUAAGUCAGCGCAUUUUGAUUAUUGAUGUUAUGACUGAGGCGGCGCAGGAGCUUGCUGAAACUAAAAUUGUAAGGAGAGAGCUGCGGCAUGGAAACUUGAUAUCUGACACCUCUCCUUCUUGGCUAGUUCCUAGUGACAGGGGACCUCCGGGUGCAGGUCCUUGGAGGGAAGUUUCAGAAUCAGGAACACUUCUGAACUGGUCGCACCGGUAUGAAAGAGAAGUUCCAUCUAGAUCAGGUCAAGUUAAAUCAGGAAAAUCUCGUAAAUGGGGUCUUGAAAAAGCUAAAGAUAUGCAGACAGAGUGGUCAAAAAACAGAUUUCCUUUGUAUGCUGCUGCUUUUAUGCUCCCUGUCAUGCAAGGAUAUGAUAAAAGAUCACAUGGUGUUGACUUGCUGAAUCGGGAUUUUGUUGUCCUAGGUAAAUUGAUAUACAUGCUUGGUGUCUGUAUGAAGUGCAUAGCAAUGCAUCCAGAAGCAUCUGCUAUUGCCCCAGCUCUUCUUGAUAUGAUAAGAUCUAGGGCUGUUUCGCAACAUCCUGAAGCGUAUGUCAGAAGGUCUGUGCUGUUUGCAGCUUCUUGCAUCUUGAUAGCGCUGCACCCGUCGUACGUCGCAUCAGCUCUUAUAGAAGGAAAUCAGGACAUUUCUGCUGGUUUGGAGUGGAUACGCACAUGGGCUCUUCACGUUGCUGAAACCGAUCCUGAUACAGAAUGCACAUCAAUGGCAAUGACCUGCCUGCGACUCCAUUCUGAGAUGGCUCUUCAGACAUCACGAGCUCUGGAAUCGGCGGAUCACGGCAACGCCAGCGGCAGCAGGUCUCUACCGUCUAAGCUCGAUCGCAUCAUCAUACCAUUUGCCAACAUGAUGUGAUCGAUGUAUACUGUGUUUAACUCGUAGUAGUAAAGAAAACGCUCCAGCGUUAUCUUGCCACACAUGUAACUAACGUCAGCUAAUCCUGCUUUAGGCUUGAUAACGUCGUUACUAGUGGGCUUUUUUAAACCUGGGAUUUGAAAUGAUGGUAGAAUUUGAAUUCGCGUGAAAAAUUGUGUGGAAGUC